AUGGCCCAGCCCUUGUCCCGGCCUCUCGUCCUAUCCCAAUCCCAGCCUUGGCCUCCGGCCCCGCCCUCGCCCCGCUUCCCAAAUCCGUCCCAGCUGCGGCCUGGGUCCCUACAGAUGCCAAGGUCCAGGGCUUCCCGCCAGUCCCAGUCCCUGGCCCUGGCCUGGCCCCUGUCUCCGCCUCGGCCCUUGCUGGACCACCCCUUUUCUCACAUCCCAGCCCAGACUUUGUCCUCGCCCGACUCCCAGCGUUUGCUGAAACCCCUUGCCCCGUCUGGGUCCGCGUUCCCGUGCCCGGCACACUCCUUCCUUCAGUCACACCCGUUGCCCUUGGUGAAGCCCCAGUGCUCAGCCCGGCGCAACUCCUUAUCCCAGCCUUUGCGCUCAUCUCUGUGUUUACCCACGUCUCUCCCACUGGCCCCCCGCCUCUCUCAUACUCUGCCCCUUUCCCAGCCUCGACUCAGGUCUGGGCUCCAGCUGCCGCCGGCCCUAUUGCUGCUGUUGCUGUUCUCUGCCCUUGGCCCAGGGGCUGGAGGCCUUUUCCUGACAGAUUACUCUACUUGCUCACCCCGCAAGCUGAGUCCCUUCCGCUCCUUUGCCAGCACUGAGCUCUUCCACUUCCAUGUUCCUGAGGACACAUUCCUGGCCGUUUGGAAUCUCAUCAUUUUCAAGGAGCAGGGAGGAACCUUUGGAGACCACUGCCCAGACCAGAGUGUGACUGUGUAUUUCAGGUCUGGAGCACCUCCUGUCAUCAAUCCCCUGCACACACACUUCCCAGGGGACACGGCUGUGCCUGGAGUUUUCUCACUCACCCUCAGCUGGACACUGCCCAAUCGUACCUCAGGCAUCUUUAAUGUCAGCAGCCCUUUACCUGGGGACUGGUUCUUGGCUGCCCACCUUCCUCAGGCUCACGGCCACAUCUCUGUGAAGGGCCUCCAAGAUGAGUGUCAGUACCUCCUGCAGCCACAGCUGAUUGUCCGCCGCUUGCUGGAUGUGGCUGUGCUGGUUCCUGGACGUCCCUCAGAGCAAACCCUCUCUCCCCAUAAUCGUUCAGCCCUGUUCAAGGUCUUUGUGCCCAGUUUCACUUACAGGGUUUCUGCACAGUUGGUGUGUGUAGGGGGCCGAGGGGCAUCUGCCUGCCCCUUGACUCUGCGCCUACGUCCCAAGGCCCCACCUCUGCACAACUCAAGCUCUGUGGUCUGUGGAGGUACCUCAGGAUGUCAGCUGGAGCUGGCUUUGCCUCCCUGGGGGCACUGGGUGUAUGUGCGUGUAGAGACACCACCCCGUGGCUCUGGCAGGACCAUCCGCUUCCAGCUGUGUGUGCGGCUGCAAGAAUGUCCUCAACCCAGUUUGUCUCGUGCCUUGGUCCCUGGGGCUGCCAUGAACAUGCCUCAGUCACUGGGCAACCAGCCACUGCCCCCAGAGCCACCAUCCUCGGUGACCCCUGCAGAAGGGUCUGGGGUCACAUCACCACCUGAGCACUGCUGGCCAGUGCGCCCAACUCUGCGCAAUGAACUGGAUACUUUCUCUGUCCACUUCUACAUCUUCUUUGGCCCCAGUGUGGCCCUUCCACCUGAGCGCCCAGCCGUGUUUGCCUUGAGAUUGUUGCCAGUGCUGGACAGUGGAGGUGUCCUCAGCCUGGAGCUCCAGCUCAAUGUGAGCUCCCUACGCCAAGAAAAUGUGACAGUAUUUGGAUGCCUGACUCACGAGGUGCCCUUGAGCCUGGGGGAUGCUGCUGUGACCUGUUCUAAAGAGUCCUUGGUUGGCUUCCUCCUCUCAGUCAGUGCCACUUCUAGAGUGGCUAGGCUUCGAAUCCCGUUUCCACAAACAGGGACCUGGUUCCUGACCCUCCGCUCUCUGUGUGGGGUGGGGCCUCGGUUCACGCGGUGCCGCAACGCCACGGCCGAAGUGCGCCUUCGCACCUUUCUGUCCCCAUGUGUGGACGACUGCGGGCCCUAUGGCCAGUGCAAGCUGCUGCGCACGCACAACUACCUGUACGCAGCCUGCGAGUGCAAGGCUGGGUGGCGGGGCUGGGGCUGCACCGACAGCGCUGACGCGCUCACCUACGGAUUCCAGCUGUUGUCUACGCUCCUACUCUGCCUAAGCAACCUCAUGUUUUUGCCACCCGUGGUCCUGGCCAUUCGGAGCCGAUACGUGCUGGAAGCUGCUGUGUACACGCUCACGAUGUUCUUCUCCACGUUCUAUCAUGCCUGUGACCAGCCAGGCAUUGUGGUUUUCUGCAUCAUGGACUACGAUGUGCUGCAGUUCUGUGAUUUCCUGGGUUCCUUAAUGUCCGUGUGGGUCACUGUCAUUGCCAUGGCUCGUUUACAACCUGUGAUCAAGCAGGUGCUGUAUUUGCUGGGGGCUAUGCUGUUAUCAAUGGCUCUGCAGCUUGACCGACAUGGACUCUGGAACCUGCUUGGACCCAGUCUCUUUGCCCUGGGGAUCUUAGCCACAGCCUGGACAGUACGCAGCGUCCGCCGCCGGCACUGUUACCCACCCACGUGGCGCCGCUGGCUCUUCUACCUGUGCCCAGGCAGCCUUAUUGCUGGCAGUGCUGUUCUACUCUAUGCUUUCGUGGAGACCCGGGACAACUAUUUCUACAUCCAUAGCAUUUGGCAUAUGCUCAUUGCUGGCAGUGUGGGCUUCUUGCUGCCUCCUCGUGCCAAGACUGACCGCCGAGUCCCAUCUGGAUCCCGGACACGGGGCUGUGGUUACCAGCUGUGCAUCAAUGAGCAGGAAGAACUGGGUCUUGUGGGCCCAGGAGGGACCACUGUCAGCAGCAUCUGUGCCAGCUGAGAGGAGCUUCGGGCCAGGCUCCUGGAGGUUACAAACCCUUCCUAGGGUUCCUCCUAGGGGUAUGGAGCCCUCCUGGGGACAAGAGAGAAGUUGUGUUUCUUGAAGACAUGGAGUCUUUCUCAAGGACAUUGAACUUUUUCAGGGACCUGGAGGUCUUCUCAGGAUAUGAGGAACUUCUUGAGGGCCUGAAGUCCUCCUGUGUUCAUGGAGUCCUUAAGGACUGCAGCUAUGCAGGGCAUGGAGCCCCCACAGGACCAAGACAUCCCUAGGGGCAUGGAACCCUUCCCAGGGAUAGGGAGCCUUCUACUACAUGAGUUACUUCCCAGGGAGACAAGCUUUCAUCAGGAAGGUGUCAGUCGGUCCAGAGGAAAAGUUUCCUGGAGAACCUGAGUCACCAGAUUUUCCCAGAGGCUCAGCAGCCCUGUCCUCAGACUUCUUUCCCAGAGGCAGCGGCUAGUCUGGGUUGGGCAGAGGGGUUGCAGAAAAGAUGGUUCUGGGAUAGUUGGGUGGCUUGGAAUCUGGUGUAUCUCCAAUGAAGUAUGUUUUGGUUCUGUACUACCAUUUUUAUUCCCAUAUGGGGUCAGGAUGUGGGGAAAGGGAGGGUAAAGAGGGACCCUCAGGAUAGAGCAGGGUGAUGGGAGCCCAGCCUGUGGACAAUGCUGGGCGCUACUGCUCUAUUAUGUACACAUCUGCAUCCCUCUCAUCUAGUCCCUGUGUUCAUUUCCAAAUACUUUCCAAUGCCUUUUUCUCAA